CACAAUUCAAAUUGCAAAUUUAUCUUUUAAAAGUACAUACAUAUGAAAUGACUAUGUAUUUAAUCGAUAAUUUGUGGGAUAAAAAUAUGUUAAAUGUUCCGCAGGCAUAUGGUUUAAUUAAAUUACAUAAACAACCUCAUAAACUCCGCAUAAUUACCCCUGUGGUUAAUUGGAUUAAUGUCAAAGCUGCGCAAGAUGUUGCUAAAUUUUUGCAACCUUUUGUUGAUCAACUCCCGCAUAUUUUACCUAAUUCACUUGCAUUACUUAAUGAUCCAGUGAUGACGGAACUAUCCCAAAGUCCAAUCGUCUGUUCGUUUGAUGUUUCGGAUAUGUAUAAUUCCAUUGAUCAAACUGAGUGUCUAAUAGCAAUAGAACGUUUGGCAUUCAAUCAAGGCUGGAUGGAUGCAGUUGGUAGUGAUACUCCCAAUUAUAGAAAAUGGAAACAAAUCCUCACUCUUGCAUCUUGGGUUUUUGAAACCUCCCUUUUAGGUUUUGCCGGUAAUACGUUUCUUCAAAAACGUGGCUUACCUAUGGGCUCCCCCUUGUCUCCGGUUCUAGCCAAUCUAUAUUUAGCACAUUUAGAAUUAAUAUCUAUAGAAAGACUUAGAAUUCCGGUUACCUUUCGUUUUUUCAGAUACCUUGACGAUAUGUUAUUUAUUGAUACUCAUGGUAAACUGUUUAGAUAUUAUAAAGGUAAACACCCUUCACUUCACGCUAUUGAGUUAUUUCUUGAUUAUAUAACUGCGGAAGCUGGUAACUCAUCUUUAAACUUUGAAUUUACCGGGGGUGCUAAUAAAGUAAACGAAUAUGUUGAAUUUUUAGACCUUAGAAUCGGCAUAGUCGAUGUAUCUUCUGAUCCAGAUAAUGUAAAAUUUGCUUUUUCUACCGCUGUGUACGACAAACCAACUAAUUUACAUAUAUACACCGAUCCUUCUACGUUCUAUCCUUUCCAUUAUGUCUAUAAUUGGAUACAAGGAGAAAACAUUCGUCUAAUUCGAAACUCGUCUUCUAACAAUAAUUAUGAGUUGACCCUUAAUCGGUUUAAACAAUUUCUUAUUCGCAGAAAAUAUCUUGAAUAUGAUAUUAAUCGUUUUAUUCGAUUAAACCCAUACGAGCAUCGUUCCAGACUACUUUUAUCUGAAAAACCUCACAUUGAUGAGGCUACGUUAGAGUUAAGAGAAUCUAUAAAUAAGCGACGUUACAUUAUGGUUCAGAACACGGGUGCUCGUCCUAUACUUGUAAAAGCCAUCCGCUAUAUUGCGAACUUCGACCAAACGGAGCCAUUCACUCCAGUUGUCCGAAAAGGCAAGUCAAUUAUUUCCGUUCUUAAUAAGGCGCGUAAACAUGUGAAGCCCCAGUAA